CGGAAGUUGAUAAUAUUCACGUGCUGUGUGUGAAAAUGUCUGAUAUUGCAGUCAAGAGACCCAAAAUUGUAUCUUCUCAGGCCGAGGAGCGCGUGGACUGGAAGAAGCGGAAAGCAGAAAUUAAGGAGGCUAAGAAGCAAAGGAAAGAGGCCAAACUCAUCAAACAGCUUGAAAAGCAAAAAGAGGAAGAAGCUGCAAAGAAACAAAGACUUGAACAAACCCAGGACAAAAAAGGUCGGGACUACACAGUGAGUGUGGCUCUUCCUGGAUCUGUCCUGGACAACGCUCAGUCUACUGAACUUCGUACAUACUUGGCUGGACAAAUCGCCAGGGCAUGUGUGGUGUUUUGUGUUGAUGAGAUUAUUGUGUUUGAUGAACAAGGAGAAGAUGUCAAGAGUGUUGAAGGAGAAUUUAAAGGAGUUGGGAAGAAAGGACAGGCUUGUAUUCAGCUUGCCAGAAUACUUCAGUACCUGGAAUGCCCACAAUACCUGCGCAAGUGGUUUUUCCCAAAACAUCAAGAUUUACAGUAUGCAGGUUUACUGAACCCUUUAGACAGCCCUCACCACAUGAGGAUAGAUGAGGAAUCAGAAUACAGAGAAGGAAUAGUCCUCGACAGGCCGAUGAAACAGGGAAAAGGCUCGUUUGUCAACUGUGGAAUGAGAAAGGAGGUUCGGAUUGACAAGCAGCUUCAGCCAGGCCUGCGAGUCACUGUACAACUCAAUCAGACACAGAAUCCAGAGUCCAAACUGUUCAAAGGUGUUGUGGUGGCCCCUCAUGUGCCCAGGACUAACGGAGGUCUCUACUGGGGUUACAGCGUCCGCCUGGCGUCUUGUCUCAGUGCAGUUUUCACAGAAAGUCCCUACAAAGAGGGAUAUGACCUCACCAUCGGUACAUCUGAGAGGGGUAGCAACGUGGACCAAACGUCACUGUCACCUUUCAAGCAUCUCCUGGUGGUGUUUGGAGGUCUGCAGGGAUUGGAAGCCAGUGUCGAUAGUGAUCAAAACCUGGAUGUGACUGAUCCGGGUGUUUUAUUUGACCUUUACCUCAACACAUGCCCCAGUCAGGGCAGCAGGACCAUUCGCACAGAGGAGGCCAUUUUGAUUUCAAUGGCAUGCUUAAGACAGAAGAUCACAGCUGCUUUCUCGCAUGUUUCCAAUGGCUCAGUACAGAACUGAUGAUGUUUGAGAACUUCAUAUUUAUUAUUAUUUGACUGGUAAUUACAACUGAUUUUGGGUGAAUGAGUUGAUUGUCAUAUUACUGUGCAAUUUUUACUGCCAUCCUUCUGUAUGUUAUUUCCUAACACUCAACAGCUACAGUUUUAUGUACAUAAAAAGAUGUUAUACAAAGAUC